AUGGAUCCUGGAGCCACAUUGCGACAUUUUGCUAAGACGAUGGUGAAUCUUAGCAGUGGUUUACUCUUAGCUAGGCUUCCGACUCUGAGAAGUCGGAAUGUCGGAUGUGUCGAACUCCUUCUCAGCUUGGGAGUCCCUGCCGGAAGACGAACCUCCGCUGUGCAUCGCAGUUCGACGCCACCUCCACGCCACUAUGAGUUUGCUAUCGUAUUCUUUCGCCAAUCCAAGACCGCUGGCGCAGUCUCGCGGUCAGAUUGGGAUGAUGAAUUCAAAGUAAAUGCGGUCUAUGCUCGUUGGGAAGACCGAUUGUAUUCGGCGAAGUCUUUAUCCCAAACAAUAUUCUCCACAACUAUCAACAACGCUUCGCCAUCGAUAAUGCAGGUUGUAGAUGCCGUCCUCAAAGAGUUUGGUUGGCUUCUUCCUUCUGCUCAUCUCCUUGUCUCAUCUAUGGGGACAAGUUUGCUCGAUUCCAAAAACAGCAAGAAAGGGGACGAUACCAGUCGUCUUUCUUGUUUGAUUUCACACGUGAUCGAAAGUAACCGAGAUGAGAGUUCCGAAAUGUGCACACAGUUAGUACCGGAUUCGAUGCAACAAAAGGUCGUCUUUCAUUCGCCGUUUGAAUACUUUUCAAAACUUCAAGCUAUGAGCCAGACAGUACAUUACGGAGCCCUCUCACAUUUUCGACAUAAUUCUGCUAUGAUGCAGAUCUCUCACAAAGAUUUUCUUGGAUGUCGCUCAGUGCCAACUUUCCGAUUUUCAAAGGCCGAGAACACUGCACGAGGGAAUCCGAAAAAGUAUCGGUGUGAUGUUUGUGACAAAACGUUCAGUAGAAGCAAUACUCUAAUUACUCACAAGGCGAAUGGCGCUGACAAUUAUGCAAGAGCGAUUAUUGAGGGAUUACGGAGUGAUCACAUUGUUGCAAGAACAGAGCAGAGCUCUUCAUGGUCCUGGAUUUUCGCACCAGAUGAGCACGAAUCAUACGGAAUCAUGCACCCAUUGUCAUCACGUCAAAGAUGGCUUUUCCGAUAUCUCUGUGUACCGUUUGUUACGUUGCAGGAAGCACGUAUCAGAGAUCGACCCGUCGUCAGCAUAGAAAAUUACAGCAUAUACUGCAGCGAAGCUGAUGAAAGGAAAAUGGUUAAUGUCGGAAUCGACGCAAAUUCGAAGGUGGGAUACGAACAACAAUUCGAUGUGCAAGGAAAAUGGUAUUAUCCAGCGGUGCGCACGUCGGACAACGGUGACCGUCUGAUCGACUUAUGUGAACAGACGGGCCUCAUCAUCGCUUCCACGUUUAAGAAGAGUCAUUGA